AUGAUGAUGGACAACGCAAAUAAAAGACUGGAUAGCAUAGAGAAAGACUUGCAUGAAGUCAAGUUACACCUGUGUGUGGAGGGGGCGUGGAAAGGUGAUCUGUGGGUGGGCUGGGGCGCCAGCGGGCGGGGGGGGGGGGGGGGGGGGGGGGGGGGGGGGGGGGGGGGGGGGGGGGCAGCUCGCCUCAGCUCGCCUCAACUCGUCUCCAUGGCAACCGUAUCCUACCGCUCGUCUCGUUCCGUGCGCUCCUCAGGCGGCUCGCUGUUAGGCUCCGCUUCCUCCAUGUUGCGCUCCUCCGGGAGCGUGUAUGGAGGUGCAGGAGGCUCUGGGAUCCGCAUCUCCUCCGUGAGUGGAGGAAUGUCUGCAGGAGCCAUGAACUUCACCAGUGCAGGAGGCGAUGACAACCUGAUUGGUAAUGAGAAGUUCCAGAUGCAGUCCCUGAACAACCGGCUGGCCACGUACCUGAGCAAAGUCAAUGCUCUGGAGAAAUCCAACAAUGAACUUGAGCUGAAGAUCCGCCAAUACAUUGAGAGCCGAGUGGGACCCCAGACCCGGGACUAUGCUGCCCACUACCUGACCAUCAGCGACAUCACCGCAAAGAUCCAAGACGCCAUCCGUGUCAACGGCGGCGUGCACCUGUGCAUUGACAACGCCCGGCUCGCUGCGGAUGACUUCAAGAUGAAGUACGAGAACGAGCUGAACAUGCGUCAGUCUGUGGAGGCCGACAUCACAGGGUUAAAGAGGGUCCUGGACGAGCUCACCAUGACACGCUCAGACCUGGAGAUGCAGAUUGAAGGACUGAGGGAGGAACUCAUCUUCCUCAAGAAGAACCAUGAGGAGGAGCUGCUGGCCAUGCGCUCCCAGAUGAGUGGUCAGGUCCAUGUGGAGGUGGACGCUGCGCCUCAGGAGGACCUCAACAAAGUCAUGUCUGAGAUCAGAGAACACUACGAGGCUGUGGCAGCAAAGAACCAGAGGGACCUGGAGGGCUGGUUCAAUGCCAAGACGGAGGCGCUGAACAAAGAGGUGGUCACACAGACGGUCACUCUGCAGACGACGAGGUCAGAGGUCACCGAGACCAAACGCACCCUGCAGAGUCUGGAGAUAGAAUUACAGUCUAUGCUCAGUAUGAAAUCGUCGUUGGAGAUGACACUUUCUGAGACACAGAACAGAUACUCCAUGCAGCUCAAUGGAUACCAAAACCAGGUGUCCUCUCUGGAGGAGCAGCUCGUAGCCUUGCGCGGGGACCUGGAGCGACAGGGACAGGAGUACAGCGCUCUGCUAGACAUCAAGACCCGACUGGAGAUGGAGAUCGCUGAAUACCGCCGCCUGCUGGAGGGAGAGAGCCUCACCUCCACCUCCACCACCACCACAAAAACACGUGUGGUUACGGUCGUUGAAGAAGUGGUGGAUGGGCGUAUCGUCUCCAGCUCCUCCUCUUCUACACGAAAGCACCAGCAGCAGCUCCUGUUGUACUACCAGAGCCCGCUGGUGGAGACCACCUGGACCCACCUGAGCCACUUGCUGAGGGGCCAGCUUGUGAGGAGGCUGAUCCGGCUGCUGGCCCACCCACCGCCUGCUGUGCCUAAGGGACCCGAGGAGCCAAUGCUCCAGCAGCCUCAACGAGAGAAACACCCGCUGAGCCGAAUGACCUUCGACAAUCUGGGAACACCGUCCUGCUAUAGCACCCAGCCACGCCACAACUGGUUCCAGUGUAUCCAGGUCUGA